UAGUUACAAACAAAGCGUGUUACUAUAGGUCAAAUUCUAAGCUACAGACUUUAUUAUAAAAUUGUCCUAUCAUUACAUUAUCUGGCAACUACGCAUCCGUCCUCCAUUCGUGGUUUCAGUGCUCCUAUCUUCAGUGUAACUACGACCGUAAUGACCUCACAUAUAAUUAAAGAUUUAUUUUUCGCAGUUUUAGCGUAGCGUGCGUUGUGUGAUAGUGUUAUUUUUGUGAAGUGUUACAGGAUGUUGUUAAAGUAGGAUGGCCGAACAGCAGCGCGAGGCACCCGAGCGCGUUUUGGAACAGCAGAUUCUGCAAUUAAAAAAGCAACAUCAGCUGCAACACCAGAUUCUUCUGCAACAUUUUCAGCAGCAACAACAACAUCUCGCCGAACAACAUGAAAGACAGCUUCGACAACAUCUCAAGGAGUUUUGGGAUCAACAAAAACAAUUGCAGGAGAUUCGCGAACGGGAACAGCUUGAAGCGCUCAGACGAAAAGAAAAACACGAACAGAGCGCGGUGGCCUCAUCUGAGGUCAAACAAAAGCUGCAGGUGUUUUUAAAACAACGUGCUUCGGGAUGCUCGAAGACACCCCAACAGGAAAACUCGUGGUCAGAAAGCAUGGAUAUAGAAGGCUGCAAUCAACCCCCUGGAAGCGAUUUUCCGUUAAGAAAAACCGCGUCCGAACCAAAUCUAUUAAAAGUCCGUUUAAAACAACGAGUUAUGGAGCGUCGUUGUAGUCCGAUGAGUAAACGACACCUCCCACCUUCUUUAAAAAAGAAGUUACUAAGUUCUUGCCUACCGCCCAGUGAUUCACCUCCACAGGAGCCACCCAAGGAACUCAGUCCGCCGUGCGAAGCUGAAGAAUAUCAACGGCACGCGCUUUUCAGCAGCCCAUCGAUGCCAAAUAUUUCACUAGCCGCCCACCAUGUCUUGUCGCCCGACCUGUCAGAGGCCGCCGUAAGGGCGGCUUGCACGGCUCGUUUAGGGAUGCCACUGACGGGGCAAAUGCUACCUGGUACCUUACCAUAUUACCCUUCAUUACCUGCCAUUGAAAGCGAACACGAAGAAACUCCCCUGGAUACAAUUAGUGAAUUACAAGAACCGACACAGAGAGGGGUUAUUCGUCCGCUGGGUCGUACGCAAUCGUCUCCUCUUCCUCUAGGUCAUCCCCUUUUGGACGGCGGAGGACCGCCGCUUAUUUUGCCCCCUCCUCCGCCACCCGAAGAGCAAGAACAACGAGAUGCAGAAUUGCACGGAAUGGAGCCCAGAAGUAUACGACCUCUGUCUCGUGCGCUUAGUAGUCCUGUGGUUCAUUUAGGCGGGCCAGGCCCUCCAAUUUUAACGCGAAGGAGGGCGUCUAGUACUCCAACCACCGGGUUGGCCUUUGAUAGUCAAAUGUUAAAACAUUCUUGUAUAUGUGGGAAUAAUAUAGCUCAUCCGGAACAUGCAGGACGACUGCAGAGUAUCUGGGCACGUUUAUUAGAAACGGGAUUAGUGCAACGAUGUGACCGUCUUCGUCCCAGGAAGGCGUCCACGCAGGAAUUACAGGCUUGCCAUUCGGAAGCUCACGUAUUAUUAUAUGGUACAAGUCCACUCAAUAGGCAUAAAAUGGACGUUAGCAAACUUGGUGCUUUACCCGUAACCGCAUUUGUGCGUUUACCUUGCGGAGGUAUCGGUGUGGAUUCCGACACAACUUGGAAUGAAAUCUAUACUGCGCCUGCAGCUCGAAUGGCCGUUGGGUGUACUGUUGAUCUAGCAUUUAGAACGUGGACGGGUGACAUUCGAAACGGUUUCGCCGUGGUCAGACCGCCGGGACACCAUGCUGAACCUCAGCAAGCUAUGGGAUUUUGUUUUUUUAAUUCCGUAGCAAUCGCCGCAAGACUGCUACAAAAAGAACACAGAGUUCAUAAGAUACUCAUUUUCGAUUGGGACGUGCAUCACGGUAACGGUACUCAAGAGAUAUUUUAUGAUGAUCCCCGUGUGCUUGUCAUAUCAAUACACCGGCAUGAUGAUGGAAAUUUUUUCCCAGGAACCGGUAGUCUGUCGGAAUGUGGAACGGGGGCAGGAUUAGGUUUUAAUAUUAAUAUUGGUUGGUCUGGUGGUCUCAAUCCACCACUUGGCGAUGCUGAAUAUAUGGCAGCAUUUAGGACAAUAGUAAUGCCGAUCGCACGCGAGUUUGGACCAGAUAUUGUUUUGGUCUCCGCCGGAUUCGCAGCAACAGACGGACAUGCGCCACCCCUCGGCGGUUACAAGGUCACCCCUGCCUGUUACGGUUAUAUGACACGGCAACUGAUGCAGUUGGCCAACGGACGCGUAGUCUUAGCUUUGGAGGGCGGUUACGAUCUCCCUUCCAUAUGCGACGCGGCGGAGGAGUGCGUGCGUGUACUUUUAGGUGAUCCACCUUCACCGAUAUCGACCAAUGAACUGUGCCGGCCCCCCUGUACCAAUGCCGUUAUUACCAUGCAAAAGGUUAUCGCGAUACAAUCCUUGCACUGGCCGUGUCUGCAGGAGAUAGCGAAAAGUGCAACUUGCUCAUAUAAUGAUGCGGUUAGAAACGAGAAGGAAGAUAAAGAAACUGUUUCGGCCAUGGCUAGUUUGUCCAUGCAACAGACAUCUGUUUUAGCCAACUGAACAUUCCCGCUGUCGCUCUGAGUGACCGCCUCUUAUUAAAUAAGAUCAAAUUAUUGUGUGUUUUAUUUUUGUUAUUAUAUUAAAAGUUUUUAAUAAAAUCAUUUAUUUACUU